AUGGACCCCGUAACCGCACUUGGGAUUGCCGCGGCCGCGGUACAGUUCGCUGCCGUGGCCGUUAAAGGCAUCAAAGGUGGAAUUGGACUAUUGAUGCGUUUGGAUAAAACUCCAGGCGAACUGAAAGAUCUCCUAGACGAUGUCAAGCAGUCGAUCGACAGGGCUGCCCAGUGGGACACUUUACGCUUGACUCGCCAGCUUUCUAAUGAGCAGGCGGACGCUCUCAGAGGAGCUGCCAAUGACGCAGAGCAGGCGAUGAAGGACCUACAAGCUACUUUAAACAGCAUUUUUCCAGACCAAAACGGGAGAGCUCCGUCUGUGACCAGGAGGAUAUGGAGGAGCAUCAUCUCCGUCAAGAAAGAGUACGAGAUAAAAGCAAAACUUGAACGUAUCAAGAGGCUUAACGAUGCGGUUACCCAUCAGUUGCAGCUUUGUAUUGUUGACAUGGAGAUGCAACAUAGAGAAGUUUCCGACAGAACCUUGACUGCGGCCGAAAGGACCUGUCUCCAUGUUGACCAACUGAACUCCCGACUGGAACCAACCAUGGACCAGUUAGCCAACUUGCAGCAGCAGACUUGUAUAGAAGUAACUACGCAAAAAACCCUCGCGAUAUCGAUACAAAACUCAAUGAAUUCCAACAGCGAAGAAUUAAGGGCGAUAAAGGCCAUGCUCUCACAGUUCAUCCUUUCCCAAUCUCGCCUACCUGGCUCUGAGCAAACUGUAAUCGAACAACCACCAGAAGGGGACCUAACACGGCAGAUUGGGAGGGAAGAGCAGCGACCCAUACCUCCGUCACCUGCUUCACAGGUCCCCAUGGAAGUGCCAGUGUACCGGGAGAAUGCGGUAUAUAUCUUUUCUCCGCUGCCACGGCCGUGUAAAUGCCGUACACGGUUAUUGAGGUCAACCAAUAGAGGCACCUGGAUUUUCUUUGGAUAUGAAGAAAGCCGGACCCAUGAGAACUCUUGUCCACUCAGCGGUUCUGCAAAGCACGUCCGAAUAGCCAGAUGGGGCUUUAAAUUUCAGAACAAAAUAGUUGAAUUGGCCUUCGGUGUGACGAUCCAAGGUUGGAAUAUUCAUCUAAGUCCCUCUUUAAAGACGGUUGUAACGGUCAGACGGUCAGAGUCAGCCAUCUUCCGACUUUUCGACGAGCUUCCAGGUCGGUGUGGGAUCGAGCUGGCAGAUUCUUUUUACAUAGCAAUGGCAACAAUAUCGCCAAGCUACUCUGCUAUCAAAGGAGUAGAUGUCGAAAUCAUACGACGGGAGUUGAAGCGGGUUUAUCAGUAUCUCAUAAAACCAACAGGAAGCGGUGUUUGUUCUCUCACUGAUCGGGAUGAAAAUGACCGCACUUUGUUUCAUGAGAUUAUAUCCCUCGUAAUAUCUGUGGCAGCCAUAUAUGCUGACUUGUCUGACGAAAUCGACUCGUUGCUGCAGCUGGGUGAAUACCUCGACGUUGACCACAACGCGUUCGCAAAUGCUAUAGAGAGGCGUUCUGAUGGCGUGGGUGCGCCCAGCCCCAGCUUAUUCCAUUUUGGGCGUGACUCCAUAGCAAAUCUUGCUCGAACAUGCGUGUCAAAUUGCUGCCAUCUGCAGGGGGAUUAUUCGUAUCUCCGCCGCCUAUUCAGCUUCUACGCCCCAAGCUUAGAGAACCCUAUUUCCGAACUCUUCACGCAGUACCACCGUAGCAACGAGCAUACCAAAACUUCAAUUAUAGACGCGCUGCGACGGGAUCCGUGGGCAUUAGCAUACUUAUUUACGGGUGACCUCGCAUUGGCCGUAUUGAGCAGAAACCUUGAGCGUUUGAAGGAGGUCCUCGUGACUGCAGAUCUGGAUGCUGAUGCUUUCAGUUUCUUACAAGUUAACGUUCUCGAUCUCGCCAUUGGUUGGCCCGAAGGUUUGCGGCUACUCUCAACUGUCUGGACCCAUGGCAUUGCGAGAACAAUCGCGUUAGCUUUAUACCUUGAGAAUGAGGAGUCGCUUAAAACACUCUUGAGCUUUCCAGUUGCCCUCUUUAUGGAUUCUGAUGAGACACUCUUUGUUAUCAAUACCAUGAUCAGCUCUAAUACGCGAUCAGUACUAAUUGAAGAGCUGAGGCGCCGGAGAGAUGAGUUGGCAGAUGUUGCUCGUAACUGUUUAUCAGUGGCAGACCAGGCAUAUUUCGGCCUUCGUGAGCGCAAAGUUCUCGAUACCAAUGCCUAUCCAGUCUACAAUCUGCUUACCGAUGGCUCGAAUCCGGUGCCUUCCCAUUUAAACCCAGGUACAAACGUCUCCGUAUAUAAUAUCAUCGCUACCUUGCAUGAUCACCUUGAUUCUAAGUCGACUUCCCUGAUGGUAUUUGAAUGCCUCUAUGAGCUCUUUCUGGUUGGAUUCUUGGACACGGAUGAAACCAACAUGGUGGAAUUUUCUCUUUCUCCCCUUGAAACUAUUUACAAUACUCCAACUACCAAGAAUUUCCAUAUCCUGGUAAACCUAAGCAUUUGGUUUCUAAGGAUGGGUGCUUCUCCAGCACUAAUAGGCGAGAGAAAUAUACUGCUCGGUAUCGCGCAGAAAUUUCACUGCCGCACUUUGGAUUCAGAUAGUGAGCUAAUACAGUUAAAAAUACUAACUCAGUAUGCCACCAGUCUAUUUUCACCACUAGAGUCUGAUCAGUGUACAUGUUACUGUUCUUCAAGUGGAUGUUUACCAUUACAUCACCUUAACCGAGAAUCGAACGAAUGCAUAUACCACAAAAGCCAACACAUAUUCUCUUGGGUACAGCUCUGUGGUCUGCGGGAAGAUGAAGCCAGGUUGUAUCUGGAGGAGGCUGUACGCGCAGAGCUUUUCAAUGCCCUCGGUAUGGGUCAUACUUGCUGCAUUGCCCUAUUUAUGAGCGACUCGGAAAAAAGAGAAAUACGGGAUGAAGAUUUAGAGAUGCAAUCACAGCUGGAAUUAUUAAUGACAGCAUACCGGAGGUCUCGCUCAAGCCCACUUCCACCAGGUCGUUACGGGUGGGUUGUUGAAUGCAACUCUCGGUGUCCGAAAUGUCUAUCCAGCGAGAAGAUGGGGGCUGAACAUACUCUACCGGAUUUUUGGAAUUGGUGGUGGUACAAGGUAGCCCAGAUACUACCAGACGUUGGUGCUUCGUUAGUUGACCAAAGUACGGAUGAUGAAGGCGUAGAUGACACGCAUGUGGUAGGCCUUGAGGAAGGGGAGUACGAAGACAUGAACUUCACCGAAGUUAUUCGGCGACAUUUUGCCGAAUACCUAGAUCCGGGCCACUGGUCCCCAGACCAAUUGUGUACCACGAAUUCCGACUCUGAGGCUAUGCAGCAGACGAAGGAGUUCGUUCCACGGAAGAGGACAGACCUCUUGAUGGAAGUUCUGGGACCCUACGAGGCCAAGUUAAGCGAUGAGCAGCGUUUAUUUAUUGAAAAUUUUGCGAACUCGGAUAGAAACGCCAGUAAAUCUGCUGGAGAAGGCACCGAUAAUGAAUAG